AUGUUAUCAAACAUUAUUUUUUAUUAUCUUUUCUUCCAUUUCGUAUCGGUGGAAUGUGCAUUGGCAGUUUCCAAUCAAACCAGCACAAAGAGACCUCCGACAACUUUCACAAAAGGCCCCAAUAUAGCCAAGCCUGGCUGCCAAAGUAAAUGUGGGAACUUAACUUUUCCUUAUCCAUUUGGCAUUGGCCUAGGUUCAGGGUGUUCUUUACACCCUACAUUCGAUAUCAGAUGUGAUAAUUCUUUCAACCCUCCAAAGUCCUUUCUUGAAAAUAUUAAUUUUGAAGUUAUUGAUGUAACAGAUUCACAAAUGAGGAUCAAGAAUUUUAUGAUUUCCAACUGUUACAACCAACGAGGCAACUUGACCAGCCAAAACACCUUUAGGAUCGGCCCGUUACCUCUACCUUUUAGCUUAUCUGAUGGAAAUAAGUUCACAAUUGUCGGAUGUGAUGAUAUUUCCCUACAAUUUGGAAAUGAGAAAGGUAAUUCGACCAAUGGGUGCAUUUCUGUUUGUUCUUCAAGAGAGCAAAUUCUUGAUGGUUAUUGUAGUGGCAUUGGUUGUUGCCAGUCUUCAAUACCCAAAGGCCUAACAAGUUUUUCUACUUCUCUCGGCAGCAUUAAUAAUCACAUUAAUGUGUGGUCCUUCAAUCCUUGUGCUUUUGCCUUUCUUGCUGAGCAGGAUACCUUCACAUUUCAUUCUUCUUACCUCAGCGACGUCACUUUUAAAAAUAAAACCAUCGAGAAUGUUCCCAUACUCCUAAAUUGGGUGAUUCGAAAUGAAACUUGCGAUGAAGCUCGUAAAUUCGAUGAUUUUGCAUGUCACAAGAAUAGCAAUUGCAUGAACUCUGACACUGGCGUAAAUGGAUAUAAUUGCAGAUGCUUUGACGGAUAUGAGGGCAAUCCCUAUCUCAACCCAGGCUGCACAGGUUACUUUUUUUUUUGCUUUUACACCACACUUACAAUAUUAUUCCAUUUAUCUGUUUUGAUGUUUCGAUAAGCGGAUUAUUAUGAUGUUCGUUUAUGAGUUUCAGAUACAAACGAAUGUGAGAAUGGACCAUGUGACCCAAAAGGCAUAUGCACUAAUUCUCCUGGUAGCUAUAAUUGUUCGUGUCCUCAUGGCCUGACGGGUGAUGGCACAAAAGAUGGCACUGGAUGCUUUAAACAAAAAAAAAACCAUUUCAGCUCUCAAGU